AUGAUGGACUCACCAACCAUAGAGCCCACCCUGAUGGACUCACCAACCAUAGAGCCCUCCCUGAUGGACCCACCAACCAUAGAGCCUUCCAUGAUGGACCCACCAACCAUAGAGCCCACCAUGAUGGACUCACCAACCAUAGAGCCCACCCUGAUGGACUCACCAACCAUAGAGCCCUCCCUGAUGGACCCACCAACCAUAGAGCCUUCCAUGAUGGACCCACCAACCAUAGAGCCCACCAUGAUGGACCCACCAACCAUAGAGCCCACCAUGAUGGAUCCACCAACCAUAGAGCCCUCCCUGAUGGACCCACCAACCAUAGAGCCCACCCUGGUGGACCCAAAAACCUCUUCAGAGACAAACCCAAAAAUGGCUUCCCAAAUGUGUAGCUAA